GUGUGUCCAAGUGUGAACUGAUAUUUUUCGUGCUGAUUCUUCAUCAGGGAAGAAGUAGAAGAUUCUGUAUGUGCAAAAAAAAUCAUUGUACCGUCUGAUUGGAAAGAGGAGAUUGUCAGGAUUCCCAAAAGCAGCAUGACGGACCAGUCUCUGGUAUGUUGUCGUCAGAAGGAGAACCUUCUCCGGGCAGUGCGAAGUCUUCAGGUGGCAUCUCAGACCACUUUACAGAGAGCCGUGCCUCUCCUAUCCUCCCAAGAUGGACUUGGCCUCCUUGGACCCUCACAAAUACAUCAUCUCUCUGAAAAGUCUUCCCAAUUCUGUCGUGACCUGGAGGAUGUGGGGAAUCUGUUACUUUUUCGUCAGGAUGAGAUCACUCAAAAAAUCCUGAUUCCAAGCUGCGGUGGUUCCAGUUCUGUCCAUUGGUGUUCAGACAGUUCCUUCUAUGUAUGUGGAGCUAAUGGUCCAUAUAUUCACUUGAUAGCUUCUAAUGGAAAACCAGCCCAGGUUCUCCAUUGCUUUGAUGAAGGAAUUUUUCUUCCCGAUUGUAUUACUAUGACUCGUCCUGGCUCAGUAGCUACCAUAGAUCUCGCUGAAGGUUUAGUACGUAUUUACAACCCUAACUCUCAGCCAUCUUGGGUGAAGGUGGGUGGAAAAUUUAUGUCUCCAAGAGGCAUUUCUCUAGACUCCACUGGCCGCAUCCUAGUAGCUGAAUAUGGGUCUGGCACAGUACAAGGUUUUCACGUGGACCGUGCCUUUCGAGUCCAGGGGGUUCGACAAGUAUCUGGCCUUCGAGGACCAGUCUGUGUCUGCAGCACCCCAGAUGGGGGGUUUGCUGUGAGUGAGGAGUGUGGAGAUGUCAAAAUAUUCAAUAGCAACUUUAAACUAACUGGUUCUUUAUCCAAAACCUACCAACAUACUUUUGGAAACCCAGCUGGUAUAUGCUGUGACCCUGAGGGUAAUAUUCUGGUUGCUGACGAGCAGAAGAAAAAUGUCACCCUAUUUCCUCCAAAUGGCUCCCCUAUUUGUGUGGUAUCAAAGGGUCUUGAAAAACCAGCAGGAGUGGCAUGCUCCCAUUUUGGCUUUUUAUAUGUUGCUGAUUCUGGGGAUAACUGUGUCAAAAUUUAUAGGUAUCGGGUAAGGCCAUAUUAUAACCCCACCAGCCCUAGGGGUACUGGAGAGGUGACAGGUAAGGCCAUGUCAUAACCCCACCAGCUGUAGGAGAACUGGAGAGACUCCACAACAGCUGCCAGGAAGCUGAUUGAUACAUAAAAAAGGAACACUAAAGUGAUUGUGAUCAAAAUGCUUUGCUGUUCCUGUCCCUACCUAGAUUCAGCCCCCCCCCCCCCUCUCGUGUAUUCAAUAAAAAUAAUAAAAAUAUAUCUAUUUACUCACUUUUUUCCAGCACCCAGACUCCCUCUCCACUGCUCACCUCACCACUUCCUGCAACAUCAUUGAUGAGACAUAGUGUCCUCCUGUGUGGUUUAAUCUGAUACUCCUUAUAGAGGAUCUCUGGAUACCUAAUGUGCAUGCACAGAGAGCUCAGCAUAUGCUUCUGUAUCACGUGAUUGAGUUUUUACGUAAAACAGCGUAACAGUCAGUGGAGGUGUGUAACCCUUCAAGGUAAUUAUUGUCGUUUUAGAAAAAUGGCAAUGUUUUACCUUGAGGAGUUAAAUUGACAAGACUACUGCACCCA